GAGCAAUCAGGAGCACAAGCAAGCAAGCAGGCCCGUGUCCGCGGCGGGACCGCUGAGAGUGCGCGGCCAUGUGCACCUAGCGCGCGCUGCCCUGGGUCGUGGCCGCAGCCAGGGUGCGGCUGGCCUGCGGGGUACAGUGGCUCGGGGAGCCAUACGGGCUGGGAGAGCGAGGCCGACACUCGCUACUGCGCCCCAGCCGGUUCUGUCUGGAACUGCGAGCAGGAAAGGGCCGUGCCCUUCGGUGGCCAGUGCAUCUCUGGGGUUCCAUGCCGCUGCGGCCGGGUAGUUGUCUCUACCACAACCACAAAGGCGCGCGAUGGGACUCAGGCGCACUCAAUGACUGCCUACAGUGCCUGGGUGUGGGGAUGCCAACUGCAAUCUUGCUCCGGAUGACCCUCGCCAGGCUUUCCCUCACCUCAGACGGUGCCUGAACUGAUUGAGCAACUUCCUGGAAAUGAACAGAACUAGCUUUUAUGUUCAUGGUUCAGGUCCAGUGAAUGUUUACGAUGUACUUCCUCACAGCCCCAAAUGCUUUCUCCUAGCCUUUGAUUAUUUGGCCAUAAAAAUAUUCAAACGAGAGCUGUUAAUUAGGCCUGUUGCUGUUCUUUCAGGCAAAGUGAAUAGAGCCGCGCAGAUGUUACAUCAGGCUCCUACGUAAGGGAACGAUUGUGAUCAUCUGUCAUGGCGUAUGGCUUGCCAAGAAGGAACACAGUACAAAACAUUUUGAAGGGCAGCUGUUAUAAAAUACAGGAACCAUGGGACCUUGCAGAGCUCACAAAGACCUGGUACACAAACUUGACGAACAUCAAGUUGCCAUUCUUGGGAGAAAUCGCAUUUGGUAGUCCUAUGAAUCUCUUGGCAAGCCAAACAAGACAGGAAUGCCUGCUCCCUUCCGUGCAAACCAUGACACUUGAAAAGGAGUAUGAAGAGAAGCGCCUAGCAAAACUGAAGUGUCAGGAGAAUGUGUGUAAGGAAAUCCAGGUAUCACUGAGGGAAAAGACAGUCGGCCUGAGGAGACCACUUCAGCCCAAGUGACCCCACGUGACCCCACGUAUUGUUGAACCUGAACCUGUUUCCGGCAUCCAUGGGGAUGAAGCUCUCGAAUCCUUUCAUAGUGUCAAGUAGACACAGCGGUGUGUCUGUGGCAGUGGGGCCAAUGUUUCUAGACAUGGCUCGGUGGACACUGUGACAGAGCCCCCCGAGUUCCUGCUACACUCCUGUUCUUUGUGUCCCAUACAGCAGCCCUCCCUGUAAGUAGAUGAAAACGCAUCUGGAGUUGAGUCAUUUUGUGUUACUCGUUUCAAUGCUUGUAAAAUUGCGUGCGGAAGAGGACAGUUCUGUGAGAGGCAGCGUUCUGAAGAGACAUUUGAGAUCGCAAGGAGACUUCUCACAACGAAGGUCAGAAAGAAGUUCUUUUAAAAUGAGAAACUGCAAAAAAAAAAAUUUUUUUUUUUAUGGUUAAGAAAAUGAUUAAGAUUUCAUUUCUGUUAACUCUACAGUUAACAAUUUUCGGUAAAGUAUCGUUUAUCAUUCUCACGUGGCACUUUAUUUUUAAUUUUUUUUUUUAUUACGUGGUACUUUUUAAAGUAAGACUUACUUUGUUUUUGUUCCUUUGGGAAAAAAAUGUGAAGCCACUUUCCUUCUGGCUAAUAUUCUUUCUACAACGGAGCUGGAGCAGGUGCAGCACACAUGCAUGGAAGGGGACACGGAGGGACAAAGACGGCCUAACUGUGAGGAAAACUUAUAUUUGCAGAGUGGCUGGGGAAUGAGCAAAUAAAGAGAAAGAACUGAGUUUAUAUGAACAAAGUUUUCUAGAAUUUGAAUCCAAUAAAACAUAUUUGGAUACU